GGCCGUGACGGCAGCCCAGCGCCUGCUCCCAGGCCUCCUGUUUGGACUUCCUGGGCCUCCCCGACCAGCGCAUCAGCCACGGCCUGGGGACGGUGCCCCGCACUGGACCUUCCUGGAGGACCUGCCUGCUGCCGGCGGCCCCGGCUGCUUGGGCAGAUCCCAGCGCCUCCCGCGGCUACCGGGGGACCCCGGGGCCUGCACUGCUCCCCAGAUGGCCUGCUCUUCCUGACAGCGGGUGCCGCACCCUGCGUCCACGUGCUGGACCUCGAGGGACGCUCCAUUUGCCACCUGCCCUGCUACGUGCCAGGGGCUGGGGCUUUUGUACCGGAAGAUGUGGUGGCGACAGCUGCUGGGCUCGUGGUGGUCAGUGACCUGGUCCACGGGGCUGUCCGUGCGCUCCAGCACACCACCCGAGCCCCUCAAGGCCGCUGGGUGACGGUGGGCUCCUUCUCCGCCCCCCGGGGGCUGGCUGUUGAUGCCUUCGGCCGCCUCUUGGUGACAGACUACGUGCCUGGGGCUGUGCACAGCUUCACACUGGGCCCUGACUUGGCGCCACUGGCCCCUGCCUCCCUGCUAGGCCUGGAGGGCCCCUGCUGGGUGGGCCUGGCGCCCGACGGGGGCCUGGCUGUGAGCGAGGAGUUUGGGGAUGUACGGCUGUUUGGCAGUGCCCGCCAGCCCCUGGGCUCCCUGGGGGACCUGACCGGGCACCCCUUUGGCAGCCCGGCAGGUGUGUGCACUGACGCAGCGGGCGGUGUCAUUGUGGCGGACCAGCGGCGGCGCCAGGUGACCCUGUUCCGCCAGGCCAGGGCGCCCCUCUGCCUGGUUUCCGAGGGGCUGAGGCGGCCCCUGGGUGUGGCCUGUGGGCCCCAGGGCCAGCUGCUGGUGGCAGACGCAGAGGACGGCGACAUCAAAGUGUACCAGUCCCACCUGGAGUUGGACUGAUACUGUGGGCUUGAACCGCAGCGCCCCUCUCUGUGCGUGGCGUAGCCCCCUGGGUCCGGACCAUGAUGGAAGGAAUGUUCAGGUUUCUCAGGGUUCUCCUGGCCGUGGGCCUCGCCCUCCUGACCCUGGACAUUUGCUGACAGUCCUGAGCCCCGUCAUA